AUGAUUAUUGAGGAUGUGACAGGCAAGAUGUUGCGUCUUGCUACAAAUGUAUUCGUAACUCAGGAUGAAUUGCUUCCUGACUCUCCCCACAGACAAAGAGCAGAGAACGCACCAGAGAUGGAUGAAGAAACUAAAAACUGGCUGAUUUUGGAUGAUUUUGCUAAAGAUUUCAAUACCAUUAAAUACAAGUUCGCAGCACAUCCACUUCCCCUCUACCACAACGACCACCUAGUACAACCUGAACAUGCCAACGAGAUUCUGAAUGGAGCUAUUGUUGAAGUUCAAUUCCACAUCCAACACUGGCACAUUAAAGAAUUCGAUAGCUUCCAAGCCACAGCGGAAAAGAUUUAUCAGGACAACCCAUAUCAAAAAGAGCGUGUCAUAAUGAAGAAGUGA